UCUAAGCAACGGUAGGCAAGAUGAUUUAUAAACAAAAAACAGAUAAUUGAAUUCGGAAAAAAUAUUCUUAUUAAUAACACGUAAAUGCAUAAGCUGAGUCGAUAAUACAAGCAAUCGUUUCAAUAAACUCCGCCAGUUAAAUACUGUUGACAAUGGCUUCGACGAAUAUUCGCGAUCAAAAAAUCGAACAGCAACGGCAAAUAAUGGAACAGAAGAUGAAACAGAAGAGACAGAAUUCGGGUUUGGUUCAAGCUAAUGAUUUAAGAGUGGGUUCCGCCAAGCGCCCUAUAUCUGGAAGCCGCUCUAGAGAAUUACAUGGCUAUGAUGGUCCGAUGCAAUUUCUUAUGUCUCCAGUUAACCCUGAUCAAGUUAUACCUCUGCAGACAAACAGAAUAUCAACAUACGAUGAAUUGGGUAAUCAAAUAGAAGUGUUAACGGUCGGCGACGACGUGACGGAGGGAAGUGGGGAGGAAGGGGAAAGUGUGCCGGUGUGUAGUGUAGGCAGGGAUGCCAGUGUUGACGAUAUUUGUGCAGAUGCAGCUGUUGCACCAAUGCAGGGUCGGCCUCCACGUGACGUGUCGCCUGGUCAAACUGCAGAAAUAGAAGGAUCCGUUGAGGGUGCUGUCGAGACAUUUGUAACAACUCCUGCAAAGCAUGGCACAUUGUAUAAAUGUCGUAUAGCACGCGAUAGGAAGGGAAUGGAUAGAGGAUUGUAUCCCACUUAUUUCUUGCACCUUGAAAAGGAUUAUGGCAAGAAAGUAUUCUUACUGGCAGGUCGUAAACGAAAGAAGUCGACCACAUCCAAUUACCUCAUAUCAACAGACCCCACAGAGUUGACACGUCAAGCUGAUAGUUUUGCCGGCAAGCUGAGGUCCAAUCUUUUGGGCACAGCUUUCACAGUGUAUGAUAGUGGCAAAGCAUGGAGGAAGAGUUCUAGAGAUCCUACACGGCAUGAGCUGGCUGCAGUGGUUUAUGACACAAAUGUACUCGGCUUCAAAGGACCAAGAAAGAUGACAGUCAUAUUACCGGGAAUGACGCCAGACCGACAGCGAGUCACGAUUGCACCGCAAGACGACAGCGAAACUCUCUUGGAGCGAUGGAAAAGCCAAAAUUUUGAUGACAUUGUCGUACUACAUAAUAAAACACCUGUUUGGAACGAUGAAACCCAAUCGUAUGUGCUCAACUUUCACGGCAGAGUAACCCAGGCAAGUGUGAAGAACUUUCAAAUUGUACAUGAUUCGGAACCAGACUAUGUCGUUAUGCAAUUUGGUAGGAUAUCUGAAGAUGUGUUUACAAUGGAUUUUAGAUAUCCAUUGUGUGCGUUACAGGCUUUCGGUAUAGCGCUCAGUUCGUUUGAUAGUAAAUUAGCCUGUGAAUAAAUGUUAGCCGAAUUUAUUUUGGAAUGACAAUUUGGUGUGUAGAAUAGUGGAGCACUUUACAAUAAGUUAAGUAAAUGUUUACUUGGGUUGUUUUAUGCAUCAGUUUGUUUCAUUAAAUUUGUUGCAUUUCAAAGAAUUAAUUUAUAAUAAUCUGUAGGUAUCAAUGUUGAACACAUUUUUUAAUUUGUUAUUACUUAUCCAAUUAAAAAAGUCAUAAAUAUGUUUUAGUAUAAAAUGAUCCAAGUUAAAUAUUGACUAUUAGGAAUUAAUUUAUUUAGCAUAGUUAUUUGCAUUCCACUUUUUUUUGUUAUUGGUAUACAUAUGUUUUAAAUAUUGUGAAUGAAAUGGGUACUUAUCAUUAUACAUAAUCAUGAUAUAAAUUGUUUUAAAACGCACAAUAUUUAAUUUACUUUGGUGCUUUUGAUUCAUAAUUGUGUUGUGAACACUUUUUAUCGACAUAAAGAUCGAAUGUAAUAUUUAUAGUUAUUGAAUGUAGAUAGACAAUCAUGGUCCAAAAAUCAUAAUAAUUUAAAAGUUAUGAAUUUAUAACGACUGAUUUAGGUGUAUCUUAAUGAAAUAUUCCUUAAAAUACACCUGGUAAAAUUUAUUUAAUGCUUACAUUGUUUGAUUUAUUUUAAAAUAAUAUUCGCUUAAGAUAUAGGAAAUUUACUUGUUCACCAAAUGGAUGGUAAAAAAUAUGGUUGUAGUGAAGGUUGGUGUUGGUAAUUCUGUUCUUGUAUCUUGUAUUUCAACAAUUAUUUUACAGAGGUUUAGCCAUAGAGCAACUAGCAAGCCUGAUUUCUUGCCAUGUCACAAAUAUUUAAAUAUAGGUACUACAACUCUUUUUUUUGCAUUUAUAUUAAAUUAGAUAAUGAAUUAAUUUGUACAAUUUUUGUUGCCCUAGUCAUUUUCUUUUUAUUAGUAUUAUU